AUGUCAAGUUCUGAGCCCGUGAUGAAGGAAAAUCAAACCCUCUGCACCAAAUUCUUUUUUGUGGCUUUCUCUUCUCUAGGUGAGCUACAACCAGUUCUCUUUGUGGUGUUUUUAGCUAUAUAUGCAUUCACUGUAUUGGGAAACCUGGUGAUCAUUUGCCUGAUAUGGGUGAGCUCUACCCUCCACACUCCCAUGUAUUUCUUUCUGGCAAAUCUUUCCUUCCUGGAGAUGUGUUAUAUCACCAGUGUGGUCCCUCAAAUGUUGGUGCAUCUAUUAGUAGAACCCAAGAUCAUGAGUGUGGCACAUUGUGCAGCUCAGAUGUAUGUCUUCACCAUCCUGGGGCUAACAGAAUGCUGUCUGCUGGCAGCCAUGGCUUAUGACCGUUUUGUUGCUAUCUGCUACCCACUGCGCUACUCAUUAUUGAUGAGUCCUCAAGUCUGCCUGCAAUUGGCUGCAGCAUCCUGGACAAUAGGAAUAAUUGUGGAGUCAGCCCAGACUACCUGGAUCUUCACCCUCCCCUUCUGUGGCACAGGACAAAUUGAGCACUUCUUUUGUGAUAUCAUGCCUGUGGUGCAAUUGGCCUGUGUGGACACUUCCCAGAAUGAGAUUGUGAUAUUUUCAGUUUCUGUGCUAUUCAUUAUGAGCCCCUGCCUACUCAUUCUCUCCUCCUAUGCCCAUAUUGUCAUGGCUAUUUUGAGAAUGCCUUCUGCUGCUGGCAGGCGCAAAGCUUUCUCUACUUGUUCCUCCCAUCUCCUGGUUGUCUCUCUAUUCUAUGGCACAGCUCUUUUUACUUACCUUCAACCCAAAUCUGCCCAUACUCCAGACACAGACAAAGCAACUGCCCUCAUGUACACAGUAGUCACCCCUGCACUCAAUCCUGUAAUCUAUACACUUAGAAACAAAGAAGUGAAAGGAGCCUUUUGGAGAAUAACCAGGAGGCAGCCUCUUAGCCAAGCUGCCUAA